UAUUGUAGUAUGUGAUCGUAUGACUAUACUAUAAGAAUGAAAAAUGAGAGCAAAAUAAAGAUAAUAUGUUGGUAAUAGGAGAUUUUUGUUUCCACAUUAUAAUAUAUGCGCAUUUCUUGUAAACUUUCUCUGCGUCUGCACCACCGUAGUUUCAUAUUUAUCAAUUUUCUUUUUUAUAUCUGAAUUCCGGUGCUUCUAUACCUAGUAGAGUAUCUGUAUAAAGAAUGUCACUAAAAGAGAUUAAAAAAGAAAUUGUUUUUAUUAAAUCGUAUAUUAUACCUAUUAUAAUAAUAUAAUCCCACCAGGUAUAAAUUAACGAUGACUAAAAUGAAGAAUUUUUUGGAUACAUAAAAUCCUCGAAUUCCUGUAAAACUUUUUUGGUAUCUCUGUCUCGAAGAACUUCAUAUAAUAAUUAAUAGCACUAUAUUUUGUGGCUUGGCUCAACGCGGUGGCUACAAUCAAUCACGCAAUGGGGUUGAAAUUAAGUAACGUCCGCUGCCACUAGUUCCCGGAUGGGUGGCCACCCGGGUUCGUAAUGGCAAAAACCUUGUUGUUCGUGUUGCUAACCAACCGUACCAACCGUCCUAACCCUACCAACCUUAUAGGCUAAUGACCUCAGUCGUCAAAGCCUUAAUCUAAUAAUAAAAACAAAAUGUCUACAUUAUUAUAAUAUCUAGGGACGUAACUGUUGUCGAGAGUCAAUGAUAUAAUUCAAUUAUAUAUUUUCUCGGAAAUCGGGCAAUACUCUCAAUCUUUCGUUAAAAAAAUCACAACAUUUCAUAUACAUACCUAUAAUAUAAACCCGGGUUGUGAGAAGAAUGGCAAGCCAAUUUUGGUAAUUUUGGAUAUUUCACAAUUUUAUAACAACAUUUUAGGAAACUUAAUUCUGCGUAAAAUGGUAUCAUUGUCAAAAUUAAACGAUUAUAUUAAAUUUUGAUAACGGAAAUGUUAUUAUUAUAAAAAUGUUAAGAUUUAAAUAAUUUUCCUCUGCAGAAUAGUUGGCAUUUUUGAUUUGACACUAUUCUAACAACAGCCGUUAUAUUAAUCACUGUCCAAUGUGGUCUUAUAUAAGUCGCUCAGUAUGGUAUACUGUAUAUCACAGUAUUUUAAAAUUAAAUACAAAUUUUUAACUCUUCCGACGACAUAUUAUUGUUAUUAUUGUUAAGAAAUAAACAUUAAAUCUGGUAUUAUUUUUAAACAGCUGAUCGCCGAAGUAAAAAGUUCAGAAAGUCCAAGAUGAUUCUGGGAUUCUUCUAUGGACUUUUCCUGAGCCUGAUUCUCUACCAUUUUGUAAUUGUCGAUUUAGAAUUUACCGAUCAGACCACUCGUCUAAUGGGCAUCGUCAUCAGUCUAUUUUUGAGCAUCGGCCAUGCUAUUUCACAACAGGUUCGGUGUUUGGGACUUUUGGCGAUGCCGACGUUCUGUGACAAGUCCGGUCAACGCGUACUUGUAACCAUGGUAUUUGCGUACGUAAUGGCCGGCCCUCUAAAUAACAUAAUGAGAAACGGGUCCGAAGUGAUCAGAGUGUUCACCUGUUCCAGUGCGCUGGUGUAUAAUUUGACCAAAGUCCGUUAUGAACUCAUGUUCAAACCGUUCCAGGAAGCGCUAUUCAACCUCAGGGCUGAAACGAACGAGAUAAAAGAAACCAUAAAUUCCAUCAACGACGUGAUAGAUCCGAUUCGACAAGAACUCGAAUCAGACAGUGACGAUAUCGUACUACACGAGAGAAACGACUACUUAGACGAUCUGGAAAUGAAACCAUCGAAAAUGUACAAUGCAAAAUCUUCCGGGCAUACGAGAAAUAUGUACAAGAUCCCGGAGCCAGGUGAAGUGGAAACAAAGUACAGAGAUAAAUUGCGCAGAAAAUGCAAAGGCAUCAUUAACCGGGCGGACGACAAGUGCAAGGCAGCGUUUCAGACCAGCUACAACAUUUGCAAGGACUCUGUACACUGGUCUGUGAACUGGGCCCUGUGCUGGCCCAUGCAAGUCACUUUCGUCUGCAACCUUGCACCACGUGACUCUGAAAUGUCAAGGGGGGUCCGAACUCCGGAUACGAGUUUAAAACCCGAAUUGUUUGGUGGCGGAGACGUGUGCGAUUCCGGGACAUCGGUAAAUUCCGGUUUUGGCAAGGGAUACGUGUACCUGACAAAGUCCAAGGACGAAUUAAAACGAGAAUUCCUGCACGUAAAAGUCAAUUACAAGUUGAACAAAGUGAAAAUAAUGCCUGAUCAAUUUAGGGACGCUUACGACGUAACCAGGGACAUGAUGAUAGAUUUCCGGGAGAAAAGGCGGACGGCCGAGUUUGUGUUCGUAUGCAUACGCCGUCUGCUGGCCUUUUCGUUCCUAAAAAUACUGUUGGAUUUCUUCGUCAUCGUUACUGUUUGCAGCAGUCAGAGUUACAUGCACAAAUACCUGACGGACAUCGAACACGACAACACUUACGUUACCCGGUAUUACCGGAAGAUCGACGCCCGGCGCAAACAUACUGGCAAGCACACGUUGCUUCCGCUCAAGAAAACCGAAAAGAGCAAAGCGAUCGACUUGAGGAGUUACAAGCUGGUUAACCGUGAGUGUGACCACCUGGUGGGUACAUCUCACUUUCACUUAUGUGUCUUUCAGGAUGAAAUUAUUGAAACAGUACAUGUAGUUCUAAUUCACAAGCAUGAUGAAGAUACUACAUUAAAUCGCCAAGAAGUCAAUAAUUCACUGAAAAGGAAAGUAAGUGAAGACAAUAUUGUAGAAAAACCUUCCAAGUUUAUUUUAACUGAAAUCAAAAAAUUUAAUAACGAAAAUAAUUUAAAUACAACUGAUCUCAAUUAUAUUAGACGAAAUGUGUAUAAUGCACGUAAAUCUAUUUUGCCACCUUUGCCUAAAAGUAUUGAAGAAGUUCACGAUACUUUAAAUUUCAAAUCUUUGGUAAAAUUGGUGUUUGAAAUUAUCGCUGCCUCGUCGUUGGUUUUAUUGGACAUCGUGUUUUAUGAGGCAUUGGACGUGAUCAGGAGACACGCAAAAAUCGAUUACUUCCAGACCGGACACCAUAACUUGCACAUCAAGGUCAAGGGAACCGGUAUGAUCGCUAACUUGCUCAGAUCUGUCGUGGAUCGAUUCAAUUUCAGGAAAAACAUCACCGUCAACCUUAGCAACGAAAUGUGUCUCCCGAAUCCACACAAGUUGGACGCGUAUUACCUGCACAAGAUAUACGGGACGUUAAUGCUGGUGUUCGUCAUGACCGUAUUCGCCGGAUACUCGGGUCGGCUAAAACGACUGAUUUGCGCAGUAUUCUUCCGAAAGAGAGAAAAGCGCCGCGUGCUGUACCUGUACAACGAAACAUUAAGGAAGCGAACGGCGUUCUUCCGGUACAUGAAGCAAAAGGUGUCGAAAUUGGCCCGCGAAAACAAAUUAUCGGAAGAUCUCGACAUUUUUCUGAUGUUGAGAUUAAAGUUCCCGGCAGUAUUCGGCUGGCUUGUGUGGUUUGCAUGCGGUCGUCGAAAAUGUCUGAUUUGUGGCGAACCAGAAACGAUUGCCGGCAAACAGUAUGGUUGCAACACCAUUGGGUGCGUUUAUAUACACUGCGAACAGUGUUGGAAAGAUGUUGGUGUAUGUUAUGCCUGUUCAGACACAUUCAACAAAGAAGACAAUGAACACAAUUUAGAUGCGGAUACUACUGCUGAGGGUUAUGUGGACACUGAUUAUUAG